UGAACAACGGUAUAUCUGGUUGUCGUUGACGACAAACAGAUGCGAGUUUUGUCAUUCAAAAGAUUCGUCGGCACAAAUUUAUUGGGUAUUUCGUGUUAGAUGCUGUACCCGAUGUUUGGUUGAAAAAACUAUAAGUCAACAGAAAUUAUUAAAAGAAGGAAAAAUCUCCAAAACGAUAAUGUCAUGUCUCCCAUACAUACAUCCGUGCGGCUAUCGAUUGUAUUGGCACGCUGAUAUUCUCAAAGCACAACAAGAAUUCGACAAUCUAGCACCUAAAGAAAUUGCAUCAUGGGUACUAAAAAAACACCAAAUCGCUUAUAAGAUAACCCAUGACGCAAAAAUUCGUGAACACGCCUACAACCAUCAACAAUAUCAAAAUGGGGUAAACAUCGGCCACCAAAUCGAUCAUGACAAUUGUACGCGACGCGCCGGAAUGAUGUUAAAAGAACUUGGUCAAGAAUUGCUGUGCGAUACCACAAAUCUACAGAAAUCAUCCACUUAUCGUGAGUGGGAGAAAGUUUUUGAUCCGCAUUGGGAAGAGAUCAUGUGGGAGAAAUGGCGUGUCGCCAUGAAAAAGGAGUGUAUUAAGACGAAUAAUCUGAAAAAGGGGUUGAAUAUUAAGGACAAAAAAUAUUUAAUUUUUGGAAGAAUAAAUGUAAUGUCUUCCCAGCAGGGUUCUUUAGGAAGAAAAAGUUUUGCGACUGCGCCUUCUAGUUCGCGGAAUACAAUGAGAGAUCGAGGCUCAACAAGCAGAGGGGGUUCAGGUCGAAAACCAGUUAGAUAUCGUGCUG